AUGGAGGAGCUGAGCGAGGCGCUGGCGACCCGUGUCGCCGUCGUGGCGGUGCCCAACAGCCCCGCGGCGCCGCACCCGCGCUUCGCCGCCUACAAGGCCCGCGGGCGCGGCCCGGGGCAGGCCGAGCGCCGCCAGCGCCUCCUCCGCCUCCAGCGAGCGAGGCGGCUGGACUAUGUGAACCACGCCAGGAGACUGGCAGAGGAUGACUGGGCAGGGGUUGAGAGCGAGGAUGAAGAGGAGGAGGAGAGAGAUGCAAAUGAGGAGGAGAUGGAUGUGGAUGUUCCUAGGAAGCUGCCCAAGCGCUAUGCCAAUCAGCUGAUGCUGUCUGAGUGGCUGGUAGAUGUCCCCUUGGAUCUGGAGCAAGAGUGGAUUGUAGUGGUGUGUCCCAUAGGGAGACGGGCACUAGUCGUGGCAUCCAAGGGCUCAACAGCAGCUUAUACCAAGAGCGGAUUCUGUGUCAACAGGUUCCCAUCUCUGCUACCGGGGGGGAACCGGCACAAUUCACUGAGUGAGAAAGUUUACAGCAUCCUGGACUGCAUCUACAAUGAGGCAAAGCAGACGUACUAUAUCCUCGAUGUGAUGUGCUGGAGGGGACACCCUGUUUAUGACUGCCAGACUGACUUCAGAUUCUUCUGGCUCCUUUCAAAGAUCCAAGAGGAGGAAGGGCUAGGAGAGAAAAGCAGGAUUAAUCCAUUCAAAUUUGUGGCCCUGCAGAAUUUCCCCUGCACCUCAGAGAGCCUGUGUAAGGUGCUAGCUACGGACUACCCAUUCGAGGUUGACGGACUUCUCUUCUACCACAAGCAAACCCACUACACACCCGGCAGUACCCCGCUGGUGGGCUGGCUCCGGCCAUACAUGGUUCCCGACAUCCUCGGGCUCACUGUGCCUGUGACUUCGCUCACUGCCAAACCAGACUAUGCUGGGCAUCAGCUCCAGCAGAUCAUGGAACACAAGAAGAAUAAAAAGUUGGCAGCGGGAAAGAGUCACCUGAGUAACAAGGAGGCCGCUGAGAAUGGAUGUUACGAGUUGGAACACUUGUCUACCCCUCAGCCAGCAAACUCUCCUGAGGGCCAGGAUGAAGCAGUGAGCCAGAUGGAGAAUUAGGUUACUGUAACAGACUGGCUGGGUAAGGAGAAAGCGAGGGGUUACCUGGCUUCCCCAAGUCUCACUGUCACUUGUGCCCCCUGAGAAGGGGGGAGGGCAAGGGUAAUUAUUGGAUGGCUUUGUUUAAAGGGCCUGAAAGUGGAAUGUUUUACUCCUGAGGAUUUUUUGUUUGAUUGUUUGUUUUGUUUUUGCUAAGGUGCUCACUUCGGUGGGGGGCUUCAACAGGAUUGUCUGGUUCUUUGCUGAGGCAGUUGUCUGUUGUCUGUUGGGGGGGGAAUAACCUGUCCAAACUGCAGGGCUCUUGGUUUAGCUCCUGGCCCUGUUUCUGUUAGUCUUUGGCAAAACUCCAGCCCCGGAACAGUGCUCAGAGCUUGUAGAUGCAGAUCCUGCUUAUAACCUGAGCACCAAAUACAGACACUCCUCCUCAGGCCAGGAAGUUUGGGGCAUUCCAGCCUUUGAUCCAGCUGUUUACACUGAAGCCUUUUCAAUGAGAGUUUUGUGGUCAGUCUGCUUCUAGUAGCAGACUUAUUUUUUUAAUGACUGCUUUGCAACAGACUUCUGUAAUCUGAAGGCUCUGCUUUCCACACCCACGUGUUACUGAGAAACUGAAUUUCCUUGCAUCGGAACUGGCCCCUGCCUCCCAGUAUAGCUUUGUGCAGAACCAACACAGAGCUCUGUUCUCUGGGCCCUUCUCAGCAGGGGAAGAAAGGAAUAACUCGGUUCUUGACGUUAGCAUCAAUGGUGCCAAAUAAAAGGUUUCUCAGAAA